CUCACAGAGAUCCACCUGGCUCUGCCUCCCAAGUGCUGGGAUUAAAGGCGUACGCCACAACCACCCAGUGUGGCAUCAUCUCUUUAUCUGUGAUUUGGCUGGUCUUUGAGCAGUUCUGGGAGGUCAUCUUGGAGAGACUAAGCACUCUUUUAGGCUCUUUGAGAACUGGCUGUGAACACUGGGCAAUUCAUAAGUACAUUGCACUGCUCUUUGCAAAUCCAGGAUCUGCCCAAUACCCUAGAUGAUACCUCCACCAAGAUCCUGAUCCUCAAAAGCAUGAUGCUUCUCUCCCUUUCCUGGGCUGUUCCAUUUACCCUGUUUGCAUCUCUCUGCAUCUGAACACCAUUGUAUAUUGUUUUUCUGUCUUCUGGAAAUUGGUGGGACAGUGCACACCAAAAGCAGUUAUAACCUUCAACAUUCUACAGUGGUGAGAUACCAUCCAUCUGCAAGUAGAACCUUUGUGUGAAAGUCUGGACUUGAAGGCUACAUUUUAGAAAACUUGUCCACUGAGGGACAGUGACUUGUCCCCAGCCCUGCUGAGAGGUAGUGGCAUAGAUUCUGAAGGUAGAACUUUGGGAAACAGUGUGAAGAAAAAAACAUUAAACUGGGUGGUACAUGACUGUAUCCUUAAUACUUAGGAGUCCACAGCAGGAUGAUCAGUUUCGGGCCAGCUUGCGUUAUGCCUUGAGAAACAGAACACUACCACCACAAAAUCACUAGUCAUACUGGAUAGCAGAGUUAAUGCACCCACUGUAUACAAGUGGGAUGAGAAAACCCAAAGGCCUCCAAUCUGUAUCCCCGACUGCCCAAGGAUGAGGGUGUCAGAAUAAAGUGUCUCUCAAGUCUGUGAGAAUUAGAGGUAAUGAGAUUGGCAUGGAAUCCAAGUGGAUGGGACGGCUCAGGUUGGAAGCCAGUAAUUACCUUCAUUCAUUUGUUUAUUCCAUCAUUCCUUCACGGCAUGUGCCAGACAUCAAGGACACAACAGUCAGCAACCCAACAUACUGACCCACCUGCAGCUGGCAUUCUAGUGGGUAAUUAAACAAUAAGGUGAAAUAAAGUAAAUAAAUCAUCAAAUCUGUAGGUGGCACCAGAGAGGCUGGAGGAAGUACCUGCUGGGGAGUGUUCACAGGGUGUGGCUGCCAUGUUCAUUGGGACCAUUGGGCAGUUAUAUUUACAGUAGUUUGCAUGUGAAGUUUAGGUCAAAAUUGGUAAGUUUAUUUAUAGACCUGCAAGUUUACUAUUUCAAGUUGAUGAGGUUGUUAUUUUCUUGGUCCUGGAGAUUAAACCUAGAGCCUCCUGAUUACUUAGGCGAGUGCUCUACCUCAGUUAUUCCCCUGAUUCCUGACGUGUUUUGGGUGACUUUUAUUCUGAGGUAGGGUCUCCUUAAAUUGCUUAAGUUGGCCCUGUGAUCCUCUUAAGAGGAAGAGUAGCUUCCUGUAUAAUAGCUGGGAGUACAGGCCCAGGUUACCAAAUCCAUCAGACUGCUGCUGGGAAAAAGCCUGGAAGAGAUGUAAGUUCUUGGUUCCCUUGUAUUCUGGUACUUACGGUCCAGGCUCGCAGGUGCCACUCCCACUGCCUUUAUGUCUUUAUGUGCGCGUGCGCGAGAGUCAGAACGGCUUUCUCAGACUGCGUGUAGCCGCGGCUGGAGCGCAGUACGGCUAGCGGUUGGAUGGCGCGGGGCGGAGCGGGGCGGGCAGCGGCCCUGGGCCUGGCGCUGCGGCUGCUGCUUUUGCUUGGACUCGGCCUAGAGGCUGCUCCGGCCCCGGCCGUGGCCCCGACCCAAGUCCAGGUCUCUGGCCCCCGAGCUGGCUCGUGCCCGACAGACAACUUCCAGUGUAUUACCAAUGGCUACUGUGUGCCCCUCUCCUGGCGCUGCGAUGGGGACCCAGACUGCUCUGAUGGCAGUGAUGAGGAGGAGUGUAGGAUUGAGCCAUGUGCUCAGAAAGGGCAGUGCCAACCACUGGCUACCCUUCCUUGCUCCUGUGACAACCUCAGUGGUUGCCCUGCUGGCUCUGACAAGAACCUUCUCAACUGCAGCCGCCAGCCCUGUCAGGAGGGUGAGCUGCGUUGCGUGUUGGGCGAUGUCUGUAUCCCACACACAUGGCGCUGUGAUGGCCACCCAGACUGUCCCGACUCCAGUGAUGAGCUCAGCUGUGACACCAACAUAGAAACUGACAAGAUCUUCCAGGAGGAGAAUGCCACAACUACAAGGACUCCUAUGACCCUGGAGAAUGAGACCUCUCUCAGGAAUGCAACAGUUGCCUCUGCUGGGAACCCUUCCCGAAACCCAAAUGCCUAUGGGGUUAUUGCAGCUGCUGGGCAUAUUGACAUUUGAGGAUGUGGCCAUCAACUUCUCUCAGGAGGCAUGGGGAUGUCUGGACUCUACACAGUGGGCUUUGUACAGGGAUAUGAUGUUGGAGAACUACAGCAACCUGGUCUCUGUGGGUAAGACUAUUUUUCUUUCAUGAUUUAUUGUUUAUUCUUAUUCAAUUCAGGUAUGUUUUUCAUUGUGUCUGACUUGUUUUCUUGACAUCCACAUGCUAAUUUAAUAAAACAAAACUUGGAAUUCAUCACAUAUAACAACAUUUUAAGUAAUUUUGCCUUGACAUAUUCACCUGUCUUGGUGCUGACAAGCAUCCUCUAAUCUUUUAUAGUAUGUUUUACCUUUCAGAUACGUCUUAGAUUAUAUUUUGAUCUUUAUCUUAAUAUUUCAUAACAUACUUCAAUUUAGAUUAAGUCAUGUAAGUAAAUUUUUUUUGCAACUCUGUGGGUUUGGUCCCAGGUUUUGGCACCAAAAUGUGAGUUUUGCAACUCUGGGUAAAGGUGUCCUGACUACCUGGGAGUCUGGAAACACCUUGAGCUGCCUAGGACAGCUCUGGUGGCUGCAAAGAGGCAGCUCAACCCUAGAGGGCCAGGUAUCCUUGACACCCCAAGCUGCUCACGACAGCUCUGCCAUGGAGGUGUCCUGGAUACCUGGAGCUGCUUAGGACAGCUCUGAUGGCUGGAGCUGCCAAGAGGCAGCCCAACCCUGGAAGGGAAUUUUUCGACUGCUCGGAAGGGUCAGGCCUGGAACUACUUCAUCAGGGAAGGGUAUCCUGACAGUUUGGGAAAGUCAGGACUGGAGCUGCCAGGAGAGCUCUGCAGGGAAGGGUAUCCUGACUGUUCAGGAUAGUCAGGCUAGACGUGGUGUGAUGGGGGAUGAUCUCCCUGCAGGAUAUAGCAAUCCUGCUCCUCUCCUGGAGAAUUGCUACAGCUGAGCUUUGCUCAACUCCUACUUGAUGGAUUUCCUAGUGGCUGCCUCUACCAGAGUGGAGAGAACAGCUCUUUUUAACUGACCAGGCAGGGCAGUUUACAUAGGAUAUCUUGGGGGUGGAGUCAACCAGGGGUUGACUUGGGGCUCAGGGCUCUACUGUCCUGUCCUGUGAUUGAUUGGUUUCACAAGUCAGUUGGCCAGGGGCAGAGAUGGCUCUGAUUUGAGCCAAACUGUGUUUCUUUCACUGG